AUUAUUGUCUUAGUAAAUAAAUGUAUAUAUAAAAACUUUCAUUCAAAUGAAGAUGCACAUAAUUGUUAAAUGAUUUCCAUGCUUUUUCAAAUCGAAAAAGUUAAUGUAGCUCAAAUAGGACGGGUAUUUAUAAAAUAAUAACAUUUGUAGUAUGUCGGAUACUAAGAGCUCUAUUGCAGAACAGAAACUAAAAGCAUUCACCAUUGGAGCAAUGGGGAAAAGAACUUUAAGUAAACGGGAACUGGAGGAACAAAGAAAGAGGGAAGAGGAGGAAGCAGCAGCUCAUGUAUUUCAAGAAUUUGUAGAAACAUUUCAAGAAGCUCCUAUUAAUGGUAGUUCUAAAGUUUGGGUAAAAGCAGGAACAUAUGAUGCAGGGGCUAGAAAGGAAGACACUAGAGAAAAGGGGAAGUUGUAUAAACCUACAUCCAGGUUAGCAACAGCUCAAGAUCAAUUGAGCUCUGCAGAUAGAGCUCAAGCAUAUGCAAAGCUUUUAACAUCGGAUAGAAAACCAGAACGAUUGGGCAAGAAGAAGCAAACUGCCAAAAGUAACCUUGAAUCAUUUAUGGAAGAGCUGAGGCAAAUACAAGAAGAACGAGAGGAACGCCAUAAAUAUAAAGGGGCAGUCAAAACCCCACUUGAAAAUGAGUUGGAUAUGCUAAUGAGAAGUGGAGAUAUAGGUUCCUUUGAUAAUGGGGAUCCAAAUACUACUAAUCUGUAUCUCGGAAAUCUUAAUCCUAAGAUCACUGAGCAACAACUAUUAGAGUUAUUUGGAAGAUUUGGCCCCUUAGCGAGUAUAAAAAUAAUGUGGCCCCGCUCUGAUGAAGAAAAAGCAAGGGGUCGUAAUUGUGGUUUUGUUGCAUACAUGUCGAGAAAAGACGGCGAGCGAGCUUUGAAGAGUUUAAGCGGGAAAGAUGUGUUUGGUUAUGAAAUGAAGCUCGGUUGGGGUAAAGCGGUUAUUAUUCCCCCUUAUCCUAUUUACGUCCCUCCCGUGUUAUUAGAUAUUUCACAACCUCCGCCGCCUUCCGGUUUACCAUUCAAUGCUCAGCCCGCUGCAAGGGAUAAAGAUGUGUUGCCAAAAUCACAGGAAGAACUUAAUGAAAUAUUAUCCAGAGCGGUUGUGAAAGUAGUGAUACCAACUGACAGGAAUCUGAUUAUGCUAAUACAUAGAAUGGUGGAAUUUGUUGUUCGAGAAGGGCCUAUGUUUGAAGCAAUGAUCAUGAAUAAGGAGCUCCAAAACCCUCAAUUUAGGUUUUUAUUUGAAAAUCAAAGUCCACCUCAUAUCUACUAUAGAUGGAAAGUAUAUUCAAUUCUUCAUGGCGAUUCCCAGAAAGAAUGGAAUACCAAGGAAUUUAGAAUGUUCAAAAAUGGAUCCAUAUGGAAACCGCCUCUCAUGAACUGUUACACAUUGGGUAUGCCAGAGGAGUUAAUAAAAGAGGACGAUUCUAAAGAAAGUUCAAAAGGAAGCCUUUCUAAUUCGCAGAGGGAUAGGCUAGAAGACCUAUUACGGCAAUUAACCCACGAAAGAAAUAAAAUAGGUGAAGCAAUGGUGUUCUGCAUCGAGCAUAGCGAAGCAGCUGAGGAAGUUGCUGAAUGCAUCGCUGAGUCUCUAUCCAAUAAAACCACUCUCCUUACCAAAAAGAUUGCCCGACUUUACUUGAUUUCAGAUAUUUUACAUAACUGUCAAGUUAAAGUCUCAAAGGCAUCGUUUUUUAGAAAGGCGUUUGAGUUAAAAUUGGUAGAUAUAUUUAAGUGCAUCAAAGAAACUUACGAUAAUUUAGAAGGUAGACUGCAGGCAGAAGGUUUUAGGGUUAGAGUAUUGCGAGUUUUAAAAGCGUGGGAUGACACAAUAUACCCAAAAGACUUUAUGACCAAACUAAACAAUAUCUUUCUGGGAACGUAUCGCAAAAAUAAGAAGGAAUUGCCUCAUGAAUUUUUUAAACCCAUAAGCAGACCUAUUCAAUCCAGAAUGUUUGCUUUUCAGGAUGAUAUUACUUUGGUGUCCUAUAUACCAAAAAGAAAUAAAAACGUACUCCUUUUGUUUAGUUUGCAUCAUGACGAUAAAAUUGAUGUGGAUUUCAUGAAACCCGAAAUGAUUCUUGACUACAAUUCUACAAAGGGGAGAGUUGAGACAGAAGACAAAACUUCUGAUAAGGAUAUGGCUGAAGAUAUUGAUGGCAAUCCCCUAGAUCCCCAAUAUUCUGAAGAUGACAAUCCUGUCGACGGAACACUCUUGAAAUCCGCGAUGAUGUUAUAUGAGAGCGAUGGAGAAGACUUCGAUAUAGAUGGGGAAGAGAUUCAAGAAGAAACAAAACCGGAUGCCUUUAGUGGAUUUGUGACGUCAAAAUGGGAAACUGUAGAUCCAGAACAAGUUGAGGCGCAAGCCAUGACCACAAGCAAAUGGGAUAUGUUGGACAAUAGUCAGGAUGACAGUCAGGAGAGCGGUAUAAAUGAAGUUCAAGAAUAUACUGAGUAUCAGGAUCGAGAUUUAUCGGAAGAAAAGAGACAGAAGUUAAGAGAAAUAGAAGUAAAAGCUGUACAAUAUCAGGACGAACUAGAAUCGGGACAAAGGCAAUUGAAAAGUGGCUGGACGUUACCUCAACAAGUGGAGCAUUAUAGGAGAAAGUUGCUUAGAAAAUCGGAAAAGGAAAAGAAGGAGAAAAACGAAAAGUCGUCGAAAGGUGAAAAGCAUAAACGCGACUAUGAAAAAAGCGUUCGAAAGCUUAAUAGUGGAGACAGUUCCGAUGAUGAACAUUAUUAUAAGGAACUGUAA